AUGUAUAUUCGGUCAUGCAUAGAAUUCAUAGAGUCUGAAUCUCUAGCCAAGCGACAAGCUUGUGAAAAAGAGUAUGACGUUAAUGACGUCAUGAAUGUAAACGAUGAUGAUCGUCAACCAUCGAGCUCUAGUUCUGACAAUCGCAACGCAUCAAUCACUCUUAUCGACCGAAUAUCCUCAUCGUCCAUCGAUUCAACAAACAAAUAA